GAGAAAAAAAAAGAGAAUACUUCGUCGUUUACAACCAAAUAGCUCCACCAUGACGGGAACGACGACAAACGACGAGACGGUAGUCCAGCGUACUAGCCGCGGAACUAAGAACGCCUUCACCGGUUGCUUUGGUUUUACCAAAAAAUCAGGUGACCUUACCAAGCUCAAGUACAAGGAAACGCAAAUUGCCGGACGAAAGAAGCUGUUCGGAACCCAAUAUUUUGACCUUCUCGCGAAGAAAGCCACUGAUGCAGAGCUGAUGGCCUGUGUUGAGGCCGCCAAAGCCGACAUUAAAGUUAUUCAGGAUCAAAUCAUGGAACUUGAAGAGCACAUCAAGAAGGUUGACGAAGAGACCCAGGGAAAGAUUGUCAAAGCGCCCGGAACGCCCAAGAAUGACCAGGACAAGCCUACCGAACCCAUGAGUACCACAACACCGACCGAAGGUGCUAAAGAAGAGACGAAGAAAGACGAUCCAGUUGCCGAGAGGAAGGAAGAUCCCGUCCCAUCUGAGCCAGCGGCUCCCGCAACCAGCGUCUAAGUGAUCGUUUGCAUUGACAAGAAAAUUAUAUGGUGUGUGCGAUUUGGUGAAUAUAUUUGUGAGUUGUGGUUGACCCUUUUCUUACUGCGUUGGAUCAAACUAUGAGAAAAAUGCGUGUGCGAAUGGAACGCCACAGCGAUAGUAGCGGUCAAAUUAAAAUAACUUUCGUUGAAGUAAAGACAGGCUGGAAUUGGUGUUACGGUCAGCCGUCCCUUCAGUAAUGAGAAGCAAAGGAUACUUCAGUCA